UAACGUUUUAUUGAAUAUUUUGUUUAGAUCUUGGACAGCACUGAGAGCCAUCACGCAAUAACUCCAUUAAUUUAAGUGCAUUACCUCUUCGGCAUCGACUGGGUGGUGAAAUAAGAAAUAGAAGAAAAUAUCUCACCAGAGGAACCAAUACCAAUUAAUGCACCAGAGGAUACCCUAAAUGAAGAAGUCGAACCCUGUACCUUCCAGCCUGUAGUCUGAUGGCUUAACCACGACGCCACCGACUGACCGAGGCCGGUACACACGGGCGCGAGGUAGCAUGCGACGUACAAACAAGCUCAUAUAUUUCUACAAAAACACUUGGGUACUUUGGAUGAAGCAGACGACAUCAACAGAGCGCGUCAUGUCUGACGCCGCGUCGCCGUCUGCCCAGGCGAAUCCCUCCGAGUCGUCGCUGGACUACAGCAAGAAGGAGAGCCUGGAGGUGGCCGGCUUCCCGCUGUGGAUGAUCCUCGCCAUCGCCCUGGACUUCCUGCUCGUGCUCUUCGUCGUCUGCCUCACGCUCUGCCUGUGUAUCAGGUGCAGGAAGACGAAGAGCGCCGAGAUCACGCAGAUGCCCGAGAAGCUUCCCAUCCCUGGCACGAUGUUCACGAUAUCGGCCAUGCCGCCCAAGUACGAGUCGCAGGGCAUCCACCCGCUGUCGUACGAGGAGGCGAAGGGGGAGUCGAUCUGCGCGGUGGUCAAGAAGGAAGAGUAGGAAGAGGAGGGAGGUGAGAAGGAGGAGGGCGACAAGGACAAGAAGGAAUCGAAGGAGGAGGAAAGCAUAAAUGUCUGAGAUUCAAGAACUGUUUGUCGGCUAUUCAAAGACCCACGGGACGAACCGAGCGUGGGUCAUUCUACAUUCCAUUGGUUGUGAUUUCGAUCACGAGUUUGAAAUUAAAAGUUGAAUUAUAGUUCGGUUUUGUUGUAUAUUAUUAUCACUGGUUUCGAUCAUGAACUUGAAAUUAAAAGUUGAAUUAUA